UAAUGGCAAGAGGUGAUUCGCCCUUAUCCUCACAAGGUGGAAAGAGAGUACAGACGAGCCCUGAGAACGAUGGGAAGGAAAAUCCAUUUUCACCCAAAGCGGUAUCAUCACCACCACCCUCGUGCUCCUGGGCUUCUAGCCCACUGGUAAAACAAGAAGAGGAAGAGCCUACCAGUGACCAGAACCACAAGGUUGUAAAAGGGCAGGAGCAGAAAGAGGAGGUGAAUGGAAAGAUAGACCAAAGCGACUUGAAGAAGGUGCCUGUCCUCACUAUAUCAUUACGUCCAGUAGUGGUGCUGGAGAACCUGAAUCCUGCUCUGCAAGAAUCCUUAUCAUCAAAUGGCAAGUCAUCGGCAUCUGCAGCUGAGCCAGGAAGCAGCGCAGAAGAGCAGGGCGAGGAGGGGAGCGUGUCAGGACAAGAAAGCAACCAGGGUGGCAAGAGGAAGAGGUCAUCGGUGGAGCCAGAAACCGACAGAGACUCGGAAACAGACCAUGUCCAGCGGGAGAGGAAGAUCAAGAUGACGGUGAGAACUGAGGAGAAGAGCUCUUGCUAAAGAGCACGAUACAAC